GAUGAAUUUAGAGCCUACUUACGUUUUAUUAACGGCGAGAUGGAUUUAGAACCAAAGGUAAACUAUGAGAUAAUUUUGAUAAUUUUUAAAGUAUAUGAUAAUUUGAGAAUUCGGUGAAACAAUUGAAUGGGUAAUAAUCUCUAAUACUUUUUAAGUGUGAAAUCGCCAACGCCAUAUCAUAACCGAGUCCAGCUGACUAGAAAACGCGCCGUUUUACCGCUUCCGCCCGCAAACGGUUUGGACUUUUCAUUUUUCGUCUAGUCAUUUCAACUAUAUGCGUCCUAACGAGGAAAUUUCGUCCAACGCCAAUUCUUCAAUGCUAAGGACCCUUCUCAUAUUAAAAAAGAGCAUUGCAGAUGCAUUUUCCCUCAUAAGCUCUCUAUCGUCACGACAGAUCCUGUCCGCGUCUGUGUUCUUCGUUGAGCUCUCGCUUUUUUGUUCGAUCGUGCAGUGGAAAGGUACAUAUAAUUAUGAGUCGGCAGACAUCGUUUGCUUACAGCUUUGUGGCUCGGGGCAGGGUGGUGCUGGCCGAGUUCACGGAGUCAGAUCGUGGCGGCAAUCUUUCGGCCGUCGCGGUUCAGUGGCUUCCACGACUCCCAGCUACCAACAGAAACAAUGAAAGGUUCACUUCCAACCGCGAUGACCACUCCUUCAAUUUCCUCGUCGAAGAUGGCUACGUAUACUGUGUCGUUGCGAAAGAAUCCGUAAGCGGCAGACUGUCCUUUGCGUUCUUGGAGCGUACAAAAGCGGAAUUCAAGCAAAGAUAUGGAGGCGGUAGGGCGGACGGUGCCCCCGCCAAAAGUCUCACCAAGGAGUUCGGGCCGAUUAUGAAGGAGAAGAUGAAGUACGUAAUCGAGCACGCCGAAGAGAUCGAUAAGGUCUCGCAAGUGGAGGCUCAAAUAUCACAAGUUAAAAGCAUAACAUUGGACAACAUCAACAAGGUCAUGGAUAGAGGGGAAAAAUUGACAGUUCUCGAAGACAAAACCACCGACCUGCGCGAUCAGGCGCAAUUGUACAAGAAGCAAGGGAACGAGAUAAAACGGAAGAUGUGGUAUCAGAACGUGAAGAUUAAGCUGGCCGUGAUCGUGAUCCUGUUGCUCAUCAUCGGGCUAAUAGCUUGGCUCUCGGCAUGCAGUGGAUUUAAUUGUAGUAAGUAGGUAUUUGUAUUUAUCGAUUAGUUCCUUCAUCGUUCAUUAGAUUCCAUUGCAUACGUACAGUUUGUUCAGAUAGAACUGAGACAUGUACAUGUCCAUCCCAACGUGAUUAUUGUACCGGAGGUGGACUAUAUGAUUCUUUUCGCGGAAAAUUUCUACCAUUCGUUACA